AUGACACGUGUCAGACAAAGCACAGGUGUCUACCUGGAACCCGUGUCCCUCUCCACCUCUCCCUCCUCCUCCCCCUCCGCCUCCGCCUCCCCCUCCCCCUCCCCCUCGCCGCAACCCACGUGCGCCUCCUGUCCGCCGUCGCUCCUCGUCAACUGCACGGCGCGGCGCCUCAUGUGGUUCUUCCUGCGCGCGCCGCACGCCGACGCCACCGUCGCCGCCUUCUUCCCCUCGCAAGCGCUCGCCGUCGCGCGCUCCUUCCAUGCCAACCGCCAGCCGCACCUGCUCUCCGCCACGCUGCGCCGCGCCGCGCUGUGCCGCCCCAACCCCCAGUGGGGGGAGGCCGCUCCGCCCGAAGUUCCCCCCGCGGCGCUGAGCGUGAAGGAGAGCGAGAAGCGGUGGUGGGUGAAACAGAUGGUGCGUCGGAUGCUCGUGGCGGGGGAGGGGGAGGAGGAGGAGAUGCAGGACGCGCGCGCGCAAGGCAGUGCGCGUGGGAGCGGCAAGGGGCGGCCGCGGAGGCAGUCGAUUCUGUGCGCGCGGCUGGAAGCCGCGGAGCUGUUUGCGCUGGCGCAGGCGCGCGGACUCAUCCACGCGCAGCACUCCCCGCAGGCGGACCUCGUGCGCGCGCAGGCGCGCGCGCGCGGAGCUGUUGUGGUGGUGCGCGAUGUGAGUGUCGCCCCUGAGAGUGAGCCCAUGGCGGACGAUGCGGAAGAUAGCGAACAAGGGGAGGAGGGCAUGGGGACGGGGAGGAACGACAGCGUGGGAGAGGGGGAAGAGGGGAGAGGAGCGGGCGGAGAGGGUGGUGCGGGUGCGCGAGAGGCAGCAAGCGGGGAGAGAGGCCGCGGGAGUGAAGGCGUUGAGGAGAGCGCGGGGAAAGGCUGGGCUGUUGCUGAUGGUGCGGAUGGUAGGGUUGUGACCCGGCGCCUCAGUGCAACGGAUGGCCCCAGUGAUAAUGGUGGUGGCAAUGGCGGUGCUGUGGGGAGAGGUGCUGCAAUGGGAGAGUCCCUGGGGGUGUUCUACUGCGCGGUGCCCAAGGCAGCCUGCACCAGUUGGAAGAUGUGGAUGCGCCAGCAGCACCACGAUCCCAACGCUGCCGACCGCUCCUCCGUGCACCGCCCCUACCGCUCGCACCUCCCGGCCGUCUGGUUCGGCAUGUCCGAGCCUGAGGCCAUCCGCGCGGUCACCCGGCGGGACCUGGUGCGGUUUGUGUUUGUGCGGAACCCGUUCUCGCGGCUGGUCUCGGCUUACAUGGAUAAGGUGGUGCAGGGCGAGGGCAUCGGCAUGCGCACCCGCAUCGGGUGGACUCUGCGCUUCUUCUUCCGCUUGGCGACAGUAAGCCGCCAAACGCACCGCCCAUUCGCCCUCUCCGACCUCUCCCACCCCUCGCACCUCGCUCCCGCGCUCUCCCCGUGGGGGGCGCUGCGCCUGAUGCUGGGCGCGGUGGUGAGCUUCAAGGAAUUCGCUCGCCUGGUGGAGGAGGCGCGGCGGAUGGAUGAUCUGGUCGCCAUGGACAACCACCUUGCACCGCAGACCUUCCUGUGCGGGUUGAACCACAUCAAGUACGACGUGGUGGGGCGCUUUGAGCACAUGCAGCAGGACGUGCAGGCUGUGCUCUCCGCACUCGGCAAGCCCGCCGUGGCAGAGGAAGAGCGCGGAGGCAAGGUGGAGGACCCGUUUGCUGCGGGCAAGGGCGUGCACUUCACAAACUCGUCCAACCGCGUGUUUGACAUGAUUCAAGACAAGGAGACCUAUCUGAGGGUGAAGCGGAUAUACGCCAUGGACAUGCACUCCACGCUCAACGAUCUGCACUACGACCCACCCGCAGAUUUGGCAAAGAAGUUUGAAGGUUGA